AUGAGCGCGCCUGACAAGUCUUCGCUCCACGCCGGCGUCCAAAAGGUGCUCGACAAGUACACGUCCGGCACGGGCGCCACCAACGUCCCCGGAGCUGUAGCGUACGUCUCGGAUGCUUCGGGCAAAGAGGUUGCCUGGGCCGCCUCGGGCGUGAUCGAAGUGGGCAAGCCUGAACGCAUGAAGAAGGACACAAUCUUCUGGAUCGCAUCGUGCUCCAAGCUUCUCAUCUCGAUUGCAGCGUUGCAACUGGUCGAACGAGGCCAACUCGACCUCGACGAUCGCAUCGACAAGUUUCUCCCCGAAGCGGGCGAGCUCAAGAUGCUCAAAGACGGCUCGGCCCCCAACAAGAUCCCCACGGUAAGAGAUACGAUGCUUAUCCUUUCGGGUCAGGCUUGUGCCUUGUUCAACCAGGAACUUGCCGAUUGGUUCGCCAACAAAGGGCUGCCUCCUACAGCCCACCUCGAUUCGUCCCGCGCUAGCCUCUUCACCCCUUACGCCUCACAGCCAGGAGAAGAGUGGAACUACGGCUUCAACAUCGAUUGGGCAGGCAUGGCCGUCGAAGUGGUUACUGGCAAAGACCUCGAGUCGUACUACCGAGAAAACAUCUUUGCUCCACUAGGUAUCAAAGAGAUCACCUUCAAGCCUCGCUCGGCCGGUCUUGUCGACCGUCUCGCUGCCAGUCACAUGCGGAGUGAACAAGGCGAAAUCUUACCAUUCAUGCACCUUCUGCUGCCGGAGGAAGACAAGAUGGAAGCCAUCUAUCCCGGCGCCGGUCUGUUUGGCAACGGUGCAGAAUACGUCAAGAUCCUCGUUGCUCUGUUGAAUGGUGGAACUCAUCCUGCUGGCGGAACCAUUCUGAAGCCAGAGAGUGUAGAGCUGUUGAAGAAGGAUCAGCUCCACGGUAAACAGCUCGAUGGUUUGGAGCGGCAGUUCGACUGUGUGAUUCCGCAGGUGAUCAGUCCACGAUUCGCGGGAUGCCUCUCGCCUGGGUUGAAGAAGAAUUGGGCUUACGGCGGCUUGAGGCUCGGAGAAAAGCACCCAACGCGAGGACUCAGCGACGACUCGUUGAGUUGGUGCGGAGUGCAAAAUUCAUACUGGUGGAUCGACUUCAAGGACAAGACAUGCGGUAUGGUCCACACGCAGAUGAGUCCCUUCCCGGACAAAGCUGCCGAAGACAUGCUCGCCGAAGUGGAAAGUCAGGUCCACGCCGCUUACGCCACCUAA